AAACUACAAGGUUUUCAAACCUAGCCAAACUUCCACCUCAAAUAUUCCAAAACCAAGGUCAUAAAAGCCGCAUCCCGUUAAAGUUCACGUUUUUACGCUUGUCUUAGUCAUUAAUGAAAACCCCAGCGAACAAGUAUUUCAAUGCUUUCGUUAAAUUAUUAACGAGCUAAAAAUAUCAUAAUGCAAUCGUAUGAAAUAUUUAUGCUGACAGUUUUUCCUAAUUUGCAUUAUUUCCUACCGCAUAUAACGGCACAGCUAUCUAUUAGACGUCUGUUGGAAAGAAAAAGACGAGUCAAAAGUUCACAUGCUGUGCAUCAUCCUCGCACAACACGAAAAGCCUGAAAGCUAAGAAAUUGUGAAAAAGCUGACAAUAGCUUCCUGACUUGUUAAUUUUGAUAAAAAAAACUAUUAAUACGUUGCCCGUAUUCCGCCGAACGAGAAAAAAUGCAAACACACAUGUAAUUGCACGAACCAAUUUUUCAGCAACCGAAUCAAUUCACGAGGCAAGAUUAGAAAAAAAUCAGUUUAUAAAACGAUUCACCCGGGAAAACCGCCAAUUAUUCUUGAGUUGACUUGUAUUCAUCGGACUCCUGAAGAAUAAGUAGAUCAAAGAAGGUUAUUAAAAUGCCUUUUGAUAAUCUUUGUCUCCGAUGGCGUAUGGCGAUAGCGUAUGUAACGCUAAAUUAUGCUGCAAUUUUCUACGCCUGCUGUUGUGUUUUGAGCUAGUGGUCACGUGGUCGUGAUGCGACCGUUGAUUCGUCUGAUACUGAAUGUCUAUAAACUGUUGUAGAUGAGAACAAGUGCGAGGAUGAAAACUUUGUCAAUUUAAAGGUUGAAAAAGAAAGAAAUUCGGCAGGAAAUAAACGAGAAAUAGUGGAGGGGCUACGAGAGAGAAGAAGAGGAGUAUCGAAUUUAAAUUCGACAGAGAUGAGCUCAACAGAAAGGACGAAAAGUCGAAAUUAUGCGCCUCCUUCAUACAAAAGCGUAACACAACGCUUCCCAGAGCAGUAUAUUUCAGAAAGGCCGGGUCCGAGCAACUCUCGUCCCACUGCAAGUCGUACUCUUUCAGACGUUACUCAAGGGUCGAAAUACUAUCGACCUUCAAGAGAUGUUGCCAGGGUGUCUAUAGACGCGAGACGCAGCAAUCCUUCACCAGAUCUUUCCUUUGGUUCAAAUUACGAGACACUGAACCGUAAUGAGAAUAGAAACAUCAGUCCAGCUUCAUCAACUUAUACCUUAUCCAGUCAAAUUGCAAACCAUGAUUUUGACUUUACGGUGGCAAAAAUGCGCUUCGUAUUGGACUACACAUUUCAUAUGUCCAAACUGACGACAACAAUUAGUAAAGUCGAGAUGACAAACGAGGGAAUGGUUCGGAAUAAAGAAAACAUGGAAGUUGACCUGGUCUUACUACCAGAUAAAAGACAGACGUAUCGUAUUAAAGCAAAGAACUUUACAGAGCCUCAUGCUUUUUACAUAUACCCAAGAGAACGACUCCCACAGAUGCGAUUGAGGUUUCGCCUAUACGAAGGCGGGAAGAUGCUGAAACGAGCGUUAUUGGCCGAAGGGAUUUUCGCCCUGAAGAAUGUGAGACUCGGUUUUGAGUGGAAAUCAAUAGACAUAGAGAUGUUUCCUCCGACAAAAGGACUGGCUUUGGGAAAUCGUUUGGAGGAACGAAGUUUAAGUCCCGUUUCAAUGUCGACCGAUGUAAGCUCACGUUAUUCAAGUUCGGAGGAACCUGAACUCUUGGUCUCAUUACAACAUCGCUCGGCUGUUCAACGACUGAAUAUUGAAAUAUUGAAGACACGUUGUUGUGGGCCACUGGUCAAUAACAAAGCAACACCCAUGUAUGUGGAGCUCAAGCUCAUAUCAUCAAUCGGGGAUUUAUUGUUUAAUACAAAAACCUCGAUUCAAAAAGACUCUCCUAAUCCAGAAUUCAAUGAGAAAUUCUCGUUUUUCUUACCCGACAAUAAUUUAGUCAACGUGACACUUUUAGUGACACUUCUUCGUGUUAGUCGGCCGUUCUCGCGGAAAUCUUUGGUUGGACGCUUCUCUAUUGGUCGCAAUAACAGCGACAGAAGCGAGGAGAUACAUUGGAACGAUGUGGUUCGGGGUAAUGGAUCUUCUAUUUUAAAAUGGCAUAAAUUGUUCCAACUAUAACUGCCUGAUUCAUAUACUACUUUCUAUAUUGACUUGAGGCAUGCGUAGUUUAGUGAAGUACAAGAAUAUGUUUAUUCAUAAUGUAAAUGAGGUAUAAAUGCAGCUGUCUUUAUAGUCGUUCUCUAUUAGUGCACAAUUAACCCAGGACAGUCUUGGAAACAAUUACGUGUAUUCAUGGGCCAUCGAUAGAGCUUUGCCGUGUAUUCUGUUUAACUGUCUAGACUAAAUGAUUUUACAAGUAGUGAACACUUUUGUUUAAACGUUUCGCAAAGAUUUAAGUAAAAAACAUAAGUUAAUAAAGUAUUUUUACCACA